UUGAAAAAUCAGGUUACUCAGAUUAGAGGUUAUAUCAACGUCAAAAGUUUAUUAUUAUGUGAAUUAUUUAUUUCUACCGAAAAACAGAAGUGCUGAAUGCUUUAGUUUUGAUUCAAUUUUUUUAACAUAUUGCCAAAAAAUUGUGUCUGAAAAAUGUCAUUGAUAAAAGGGGCCGUUUCGGGGCCCAAACGCCAGUUUAAAGAAAAAAUUGUACAAAUUUACGAAACACUUUUUAAAGGGGAAGCUUUACCAACUUCUAAUACCCAAUUCUGGAAUGAAUUCUUUUUAUUGAAGCCCAAAACUGGCUACAUUGACAGUGAAAUUCAAAAAAUGUCUCAAGAGCAAUUAUUUGUAGCCAAAUCAAAUCUAAAUUUGCUGGUGAAUAGUUGUAUUGAAACUCUAAACGAUCAAAACAACAUCAGAGUGGUUUAUGCAAUGCAAACACUGUGUGCUGUAAUACACGCGAUUUUUCGAAAAUCCACAGAAAUCGACUCAGACAUGUUUUUGAUAGGUUUUGAAAACAGUGAAGAGAAAGUCCAAGUGUUGCUUUCAUCAUGUCAGAGCUUUCUUGAAGGUGAUGUGGCUCAUAUCCUGAAAUGUUUAUCCUUGAAACUGCUCUUGAUUCUCACAACUCGGACUGAAAAUAUCGACCAAAACACUUUAGUUGAACACGUGAUGAAUACAUCACUUUUUGAAUGUCUUUUAAAACUCCUUUGUCACAGUAAAACGCGUCAAGUGCACGGUUACGAUGUUGUAUUGUUGUUGACUUUACUUGUAAAUUACCGAAAAUACGACGCUGCCAAUCCGUACGUUGUAAAAUUGUCGAUUUUAGAUGACGAAUUGGCUUUGAACGGUUACGGCCAAGUAAUCACGUCAUCGUUGUGCGAAUUUUGUAGUCAAUUUAAUAGAGAAUUGAURGAGAAUCAGCACACCUCUUGGCUGACUUCGCUCACAACGAUGGUGGGCAACAUUUUCAUAUCSGAAGAGGGUGUUUUAAGGACGCAACAAAUGAGAGCAAACAAUGCGUAUUUGUUGGCGUUUUAUGAAGCCAUUCAUUUGAACAGGAAUUUUAUAACGACUUUGGCCCACACACAAAUUGACGGGAGUUCUCCACCUUCCCCUAUCAAUACGCUAAGUCCUGGAAGUAGUCCGGCGGACAUGACGGCUAUUAACUUGAGUUCGCAGCCUUCUAAUCUCUUAGUUGUAUUUUUCCAAUACUGUUCUAUUGUAAUGCAAGACACCAAGAGUGAGGCCGGCUUGAACACCGUCAAACUCUGCUUCCUCAUCCUUUGUUGCAUCACAGAGGACCAAUACGCCAACUCCUUGAUGCACGACGUGGGUCUCGCCUUCAAAGUGUGCCUCCACAAACUCCCUAUGCGCCAUAGAAAAGUCUCACCGGACCAGACCACCUCCUCACAGCCCCUAGUCUGCUCCCUGCUAGACUUGUUGGUUGAAUUUUUCCUCAGCCAUAUGAUGAAGAAGUUUCCUAUCGAACUCUACGUCUUGUGCAUAAGCGUCCUGCAACGCAUUCUUUGCUACCAGAAACGGUGCAGAAUUCGACUGAACUACGUGUGGAAGAACCUGUGGGCGGCUUUACUCCUAGUAUUACGGUUUCUACUCCAACACGAGAAUUAUCUAGCGAAAAAAAUGAAUAUCAUCGACUUGUCGAUGAAAAUAGUCAACAUUUUUAACUUUUUCAUAACGUACGGGGAUACGUUUUUGCCAACACCCGGCAGCUACGACGAAUUGUAUUACGAGUUGAUUCGCAUGCACCAAAUUUUUGAUAACAUCUACUCGAUGGGUCUGCGUUACUCGACUGUGGAGGGAGAAUACAAAGACGACGCUUUAAAGCUAAACAACAGUCUGAUCAACGUUCGAGCAAUUAUUAAACACUUUGCGCCAAAAAUCGAACAGUGGCUCAUUGCUGCCAACCUAUCGACGCCAACCGAACAGCAAAUCCUCGACGUUGUCAAAAAGAAUUAUGACAGUCUGACUCUGAAGUUGCAAGACUCCCUAGACCAGUAUGACAGAUAUAGUGAGAAACCAGAACACGUAACCUUUUUCACACACAUGGUGAAGACUAUAGUGUCUGAUACGAGUAGCAGUGUUGGGAUGACGUUAGCCAACUUGCAGAAAAAUGAGCUUAUAAAUGAAAUAAAAUAAAGACUUUAAGACUUUA